UCACCUCAAAUUUUGCAUUUGCAAAGACAUUUGACACCAAGCUGUCCGAUGUCAUUAUGGUGGUGGUGUCCCAACCCAACCCGUACCACGCUGGCCGGGCCAGGGAGCUCCAGUUGGACUUAAAGGAUCAGAUCAAGGGGCUAGGUACCAACAAACCGACUGUGUACCUCACACAUAAGAAGUGGCCAAACAAGAUGGGUCUCUGGACUAUAUUCCCAUUGCUGGAAAAGCUCCAAGAGACCUCAUCAGUGACCAAAUGGGUGUUGGUAUGUGAGGAGGAGACCAGAGUUGACCUGGGCAAGCUCCAGACAUUCCUGCAGCAAUACGAUCCUCUUGAGGACUGGUUCAUUGGUCACGGUCUAGAGGACAAAGAGGCGACCAUUAUUCACCACUUUGCGCCGCCCAACAAACUCAAGUUUCCAGACUUUGCAGCGGGGUUCAUACUCAGUUUCCCACUCAUCAACAGAAUGUUAUCCCGCUGGCCAGAUGAAGAAAACUUCAGAGCAGAUUUUACCAUAGACCCAAAACAUGAGCUUGCGUCUUACAUUCUGAUGGAUGAUGUUAAACUGACCCAUGCACCAGAGCUGUGCUUGGCAGAGCAGGGAGACCAUUGUGUGUCAUAUAUCAAACAGAAAUUCCCACAAUGUGGAGAGGCCAUACCAGAUGAUGACCUGUUUGUGGCCGUGAAGACGUGUGAGAAGUUCCAUACAGAGAGAGUACCUGUAGUGUUGGACACCUGGGCCAAGGAGACAGGUCACAUUGAGUUCUACAGUGAGACAGCAGACUCAUCCAUACCUACCAUUGACUUGGGCGUGCCCAACACAGAAAGAGGUCACUGUGGGAAGACGAUAGCCCUGAUGAAGCGAGCAGUGACAGAGGAACACAUUCGAGACAGGAAGUGGCUACUGGUCGCUGAUGACGACACACUCAUCAACAUUCCCAGACUGCGUCAGUUGCUGGCGUGCUAUGAUGCUUCUAGCCCUGUUGCCCUGGGAGAGCGCUACGGUUACCAGGUGGCCAAGGGUCAAGGGUACGAGUACAUCACAGGGGGAGGAGGGAUGGUGUUCAGCAUGCCCAUGGUGCGCAGGCUGGUAGAUCAGUGCACAUGUCCCCAGAAUGACUCCCCCGACGACAUGAUCCUCGGCAUGUGUCUGCGCAGGCUAAACAUCCCCAUUACACACGUUCCUUAUCUGCAUCAGGCCCGCCCAGACGACUACUCUGAUGGCUUCCUCAGUCGCCAUAUACCGGUGUCCUUUCACAAGCACUGGAACUGUGACCCUCGAGCGGUGUACAGGCUAUUGAAGAGCUAUGAUGGAGUCGAGAGCAGGGGAGACCACUCUAAACAGACCCACGUAGAGUUGUGAGGAUUGAGGGGCAUAGGUUUUAUCAUGUGCUGAAUUGUAUUGAAAAUAAGCCUCACUUUGGGAUAAACAAGGUUAAUCCUUAACACUCAGAUAUGCAUUUUGUAGUCCCUUAGAAAAUCAAAUCAAAUUAAAGAUAUUCAUUCAUGUUUAAGUUUUACAACUUCUUUUUCAACCCCAAGAUACUGAAAAGCAGCAAACAGUAUAAAACCUGAACUGACUGCGAGUAAAUUGAAUACUUUUCUGGUUUUAUGCUGGUUGCAUAUAACCAUUUUAAAUUUGCUUCUGAGUAGGAAAGGGUAAAAUUCAUAUGGUUUAAAUUUUGGUUCAGAUUAGUUUGCACAGGCUUAUCAGGGAUGACAUUUUCUGCUUUUGGUAUUUUACGUGUAAAGGAAGUCGCUUGUUAGCUAAAUUUCAGUAUAGGCAGAAAGUGUAAUCCCUGAUUACCGUAAUUACUCUAUGUUUUCGGACACUCUAAGUUUUCGGACACCCCUUUUUUUAGCAAAAGUAAUUAUUUUUCGUGACUCCUUAUUUUCGGACACACGAGUUUUCGUCCAUAAUUAAUGUCUCUAAGUUUUCAGACAGUAUAUUUUACAGUGCUAAUUUACCAAAUUUCGGUCGUGUUUUUGAUAUCUAAUGACACUUCGAUCAUGGGGUUUUACCACCAGAUUAACAACGUAAAACAUGGCAGGUGCAUGACUGAGAGCAACGGACCAUUACAUUUGCGUUAUUGGGUAAAUAAACCGGUAUUAAACAAUGGUUUCGCUCGAUAGCAUAUGCGUUAUGACAAUUACCAGGGGUAGUGCCAAUUAACAGUUCAAUUAUCUACCGCAAUGUAGAUGACAAUAUCAAUAUACGCUCUGUGCGCAAUGGUACUACUCCUUAGUAAAAUAACUGUGACAAAUACUAAACGCUUCAAAGUGUGAUGCACGGUACCCUAUUGCAAGUUUUACGAACAAUGGAAGGUGUUAGACAACAACUAUCGGAAAUGAACAAACACAAAUUCAUAGUUUGCUUUUUUUAUUGCGUUAAUUACAGGUUCAUACUAGCAAGUAUCGGUACAUCACAUGCUCAUAUUUGUACUUGUUGGUCAAAGAACAACCUUGUACUAACUUUCUGUCAAAUAAAUUAAGCAUGUAAAAUUAUUUUAAAUGCAGUGCAAACAUAUAUAACUGUAAUUUAUACUACACGGCAUGGUAUUUUACAAGCGCAUGCUAUUACCGGUAGUCGUUGAUACAAUCGACGCUAUUUUCGGACACUUCAAUUUUCUACUCUCAGUUUUCGGACACCUGUAUUUUGUGAAUAUUUUUCGUAUCUAAGUUUUCGGACACAAUUUUUUUUAAUCAUUUUUAAGUGUCCGAAAACAUAGAGUAAUUAUGGUAACCUGUGUGGACUGUUUAUCACAUUAUGGGGCCGUAGGGGCAGUAAUUGCCAGAUGUAUUGAAACGUUUAUAGAUACAUGUGUUCAUACUUAUGUAGUCAGCAGAUUUACAUGAAACUUUAUGCUGUCAAAUAUUCUUGGUAUCUGUUAAGGAACACCAAGUAUUUUAUACAACAUAACUCAACUGUUAUGCCUUUGUAUGUGCUUUACAUUAAACAUGUCCAGUGUCUGCAGGUUAUUUCUAGUCACAGAACUGGUAAGAGGUUUAAUUGAUUAUUACUUAUGUAUUUGUUUGUAGACAGGAGAAAAAAUCUAAUUGGCCACCUGAUAUUUUUUGUUAAAUACAUGCAUGUAAACUGUAUACGGUAUAUUCAAAAUAUAUUCUUUUACACAUUAAAUACAGGUCAAUGCAAAUAUUUCCUUAAAAUAUGUCAAUUAAAUAAGUCAAUCAGGUGCAAUGAAUUAUUGUAUUGCAAUCACCCUGGAACAGAAUAUUGCAAAAUUGAGCCUUGUAUCACAAUUAGUAUCAAAAACAAUUGUGAAACAUUUUAUUCAAUUAGUGUAUUUUUAACAUAUGCAAAAUACACUGAUUUAAACAUGUUUUAUUCACACCAACACUAGUCUUCUUAGAUGCUGUGUACCAUAAAUAACAUCUUAAAACAUUGCUAAACUAAUUUACUCAAUUUGUGUAUUUAAACUAUAAUGUUAUAUGCAACAUGUCUUAUAUUUACAAUGGAAAUAAACAAUGGAAUUUCAAAAAGAAAACAAUUAACAAAAAUUGAGCCUCAUUCUGUGAAAUCUGGGCUGAAUGCAUGUGCCUAAAGUGUCGUUUCAUAUUAGCCUGUGCUGUCCACACAGGCUAAUGAGGGAUGACGCUUUCUGCGUUAACUGGAUUUUCAUGAAAAAGAGAGUUCCUUCAAACAAAAAAUUCCAUAAAAGCAGAAAGUGUCGUCUAUGAUUAGCCUGUGCAGACUGUGCUCUGAUUAGCCUGUGCACAAGCUAACUUGGGAUGACACUUUAUGCACAUGCAUUAAAACCACGUUUUUGUAGAAGAGACUCUUUAAAGCAAACAAUUUAUGAGACACAUUUCAUAAGUUUUAUUGACCUCAGUUCCCAGCAGACAUAGCCUACAUCUUCAACUUAUAUCAAGCAUUCCAAAGCCUCCCCUUUGUUCUCCUGUACACAGUCAGGUCAUAUAUUUUAGUUUCUUUUAUUACCUUAUCUUAUUUUUCUAAUUACCCUUUCUUGUUACCAAUGAAGUGCAAUGCAUUUGACCAUUUGUUAAGCAAUGCAUGUGAUUUUAGUCCAAAACUAGACAUUGAGCCAUCCAUUCUGCUUGACUAUGAAAAAAUCAUGUUUCAUAAUUUGAAUCAACAGAUAAAUGUGUAAAACAAUAUAUUGCAAAAUGUCAUUAUUUAAAUGUGUUGCCCCAAAAUCACAUGUAUAAAAUGUAUGUUUAGUGUGUUGUGAUAUCUGUUAAUUUGCAUUCCAUAAUGCACUUCAUUUUUUGAUGUGAAGGGUGAUCACACAAAAGCCAUGGUUCAUAAUUAAUAGAUGAAGGUUGAGAAAAAUUACUUCAGGAUGAUUUUAAGUUGAUCUCACACUUCCAUAGUUCAAUCUUGUAUAAAUCAAACAUAAAUAUCAAAUGUAUAUCAUAUCCAUGCACCUGAAAUUUAUCUGUUUGCAUAUUAAUAGAAGCAAGUAAUAAAGUUGCUUAUAUUAAUACAAUUCAACAUUUACACAUAGGCCAUUAAAUUUCCUUGAGUUUGUAAAUCUUUUCAGUUUCUGCCCUCUAUCAAGUGUAAAUCUUGUCAGUUUCUGCCCUCUAUCAAGUGUAAAUCUUGUCAGUUUCUACACUCUAUCAAAUGUAAAUAUUGUCAGUUUCUGCCCUCUAUCAAGUGUAAAUUUGGUCAGUUUUUGCACUCUAUCGAAUGUAAAUCUUGUCAGUUUCUGCCCUCUAUCAAGUGUAAAUCUUGUCAGUUUCUGCCCUCUAUCAAGUGUAAAUCUUGUCAGUUUCUACACUCUAUCAAAUGUAAAUAUUGUGUCAGUUUCUGCCCUCUAUCAAGUGUAAAUCUGGUCAGUUUUUGCACUCUAUCGAAUGUAAAUCUUGUCAGUUUCUGCCAUCUAUCAAGUGUAAAUCUUGUCAGUAUCUGCGCCUAUCAAGUUAUAAACGUGUCAGUUUCUGCCCUCUAUCAAGUGUAAAUAUUGUGAGUUUCUGCCCUCUAUCAAGUGCAUUUCACUCAACAGACUUAUUGUGUCUACUCAAGAAAUAUUUUUGUGCAAUGUAUGUAACUAAAAAUAUAUUAUUUACAAUAGUUGAGAAAUAUUGUAUAUAUUUUGUUUCAGACUGUACAUUUACUUAUGUACAUGUGUAACUGCAUUAAAUGUUUGCCAUGUAAACUCUCACCCUAAACCAUGUGUUUUUACCAGGGCUAAAUAAGCAUGCAUCAUUGGUAGUUGAUCUGUCAGUUCUAAAAGAAAUCUCAACUAGUAUUACUUUUAUGAUGUUUCAUGGAUAUUGAAUAAUUUAUACGCAGCAGGCAAUGUAUUUUAUCUAUAAGAAUCAUGUACUUGUAUGUGAUCAUACAACUAAGCUUUCACAAUGUAUUAAACCUUUUUCUCGUCGCACAUUUGUAUUUAUUGUCAAAAGCUCUUGUCAUGAUCUAAUAAAACAUAAAUUAUGUAUUUGGGCUGUUUAUAUAAAAAAAAUCCACCGAUUAUUUGUUGUAUUAAAAAUACCAUUAACAGGAUAUAAUAAUAAACAGAAUAAAUUCAUAACCCAC